GGCCCAGAACGGAAGGAGUGAUCCACAUCUGAGAAACGCCCCUGGGAACAGGAAUCCACCCUCCACCACUGACACCAUGACCCAGUCGUGCUGCUCCCCUUGCUGCCAGCCCACGUGCUGUGAGACCACCUGCCGCAAACCGACCUGUGUGACCACCUGCUGCCAGCCCACGUGCUGUGAGUCCAGCAGCUGUGGACAAACCUGCAGCGGGUCCAGCUGCGGACAGCCCUGCUGCCAGCCCUGCUGCCAGCCCGUUCGCUGUCAAACCACCUGCUGCAGGACCACCUGCCUCAAACCCACUUGUGUGACCACCUGCUGCCAGCCCACAUGCUGUGAGACCACCUGCCUCAAACCCACCUGUGUGACCACCUGCUGCCAGCCCACGUGCUGUGAGUCCAGCAGCUGUGGACAAACCUGCAGCGGGUCCAGCUGUGGCCAGCCCUGCUGCCAGCCGGCUUGCGGUGCCGCCGUGUACUGCCGCAGAACCUGCUACCGCCCCACGUGCUUCUGCCUGCCGGGCUGCCUAGCCCAGAGCUGUGGCUCCAGCUGCUGCCAGCCUUGCUGCCGCCCUGUCUGCUGCCAGACCCCCUGCUGCCGCCCUCGCUGUGUGUCCACCUGCUGCCAGCCCUCUUGCUGCUGA